AUGGACGCUAGAGCAAUGCAAGAUGAACAUCCUCAUCAUGAGCAUGAGAAGAAAUCGGUUCUGAAGAAAGUGAAGGCAAAGGCUAAGAAAAUUAAGGACACAAUCACAAAACCAAAACAUGGUCAUCAUGAUGAUCAUGAACAUGAGCAUGGUCAUCAUCAUGAUCAAUAUCAGUAUGAAAAUCAACAUAUUCCUGAUGAUCAUGACCUGGAUCAGGAAGAUGAUGAGGAUGAUCAGGACCCAGAAAUUCAUGGAGCACCAAUUUAUGAUAGUGUUGGAGUUAGAAAUGUGACACCACAAGUGCAAGGAGUGAAUUUUGGAGAAGGAAGUAUUAUGGGAGAGGAACAUCAUCACCAUGAGCUAGAAAGAACGCUUGUUAAGGAAGAGAGAACAAUGAUAUCUAAGGUUAAUUUGGAGGAAGAUCCUCAUGCACCAGGAAGUAGAUCUGAAGCAUGUGUUUCAGCUAACUAUCAAACCAAGGUCACUUAUCCAACUAGGACAGGUAGUGCAGAAAUUGAUAUUGCUCCAAUUCAAAAAUCUAUGGACAGAAUGACUAAAGAGAAUGAGCCAAAAACUGUUGCAACAAUUUGUGAAACACAAUACCCUUCACCUUGUGUUGGAAUUCACAAUCAAUUUCCACCACAGCUUUCUACUGAAACCAAAACACCUUAUCCAUCAUCAAAUAUAGCACAUGACCAAAACUUACCACAGCUCUCUCCUGAAAUCAAAACUCAAUACCCCAAAAACCAUGAUCAAUUCACACCAGUUUUUAACACUUCAACACAAACUCAACACCCUAAUAUCAUCCAUCAUGAUCAAAACUUGCCACAUUUCUCAAAUGUAACAAAAACUCAAUAUCCUUCUUCUGUUACAAGCCAUGAUCAUUUCACAACACAGUUACUACCAACUGAACAUAAACCUCAACACCAUUCUGAAACAAGUCAUGACCAAAAUUUACCUCAAUAUUCCAAUGCAACAAAAACUACAUCAAACUUGUUACCUGUCACAGGUCAUGACCAAUAUCUACCACCGGAAUCUCGAUACCCUUCUGCUACAAGUCAUCAUUUAGCAUAUGAGCCUAAACCUCAAUACUCUUCUGCCACAAUCCACGACACACAUCUGCCAGCAUAUUCUGGUGCAGGAGAAUCUGGACACUUUUCUGCUGGUAGCCAUGUUCAAUUUAAACCAGAAUUACCAACUGAACAUAUACCACAACACUCUUUUACAAGUCAUGUACAAUCUCUGCCACAAUAUUCAAGCUUACCACAUCAUUCAAGUGAAAUGAAGACUCAGUACUCAUCUUCUGGAAGCCAUGAUCAGAUUAGCUCAGAGUUACCAACUGAGAACCAUUCUCCACCACAUUUUAGUGCCAUGAGAACUCAAAACCCUUCAGCUGGAAGCCAUGAUCAGCUUAGAGCAGAGUUACCAACCGAGCACCAUUCUCCACCACAUCUCAGCGCCAUGAGAACUCAACACCUUUCAGCUGGAAGCCAUGAUCAGUUUAGAGCAUAUUUACCUACCGAGCACCAUUCUCCACCACAUCCCAGCGCCAUGAGAACUCAACACCCUUCAGCUGGAAGCCAUGAUCAGUUUAGAGCAUAUUUACCUACCGAGCACCAUUCUCCACCACAUCUCAGCGCCAUGAGAACUCAACACCCUUCAGCUGGAAGCCAUGAUCAAUUUAGAGCAGAGUUUCCUACCGAGCACCAUUCUCCACCACACUUGAGUGCCAUGAGAACUCAAUACCCUUCAAGCUAUGUCCAGUUUACACCACAGUUUUCUACCACUAACAGAAACAUCACAGCUGAAGAGCAACCUCAGCUUCACAAUGAAUUGACGAAGACCUCAUCAAACCAAAGCAACGACAGCUACACAGACAAAAUGUAUUCUGCAGCUUCUACCAUUGCUGACAAAGCCACCAGUGUUAAAAAUGUCGUUGCUUCAAAGCUUGGAUAUAGUGGUGAGAACGAAACAACUCAAACAACAACUGGUGAAACACCGUCAAAACAAACCAGUUAUGCAGAUAAAAUCACAUCUGCAGCAGCUAAUGCCGUUGCUUCAAAGCUUGGAUAUGGUGGUGAGAACGAAACAACUCAAACAACAACCGGUGAAACACCGUCAAACCAGACCAGUUAUGCAGAUAAAAUCACAUCUGCGGCAGCUGGCAAAGCCGCCACUGCUAAAGAUAUGGUUGCUUCCAAGCUUGGAUAUGGUGAAAAAGGAGAAAUAACAAGUGGUGAAACACCAUCGAACCAGAGCAGUCUUACAGAUAAAAUAUCAUCUGCAACAUCUGUAGCUGCUGACAAAGCUGCAGCUGCUAAAGACAUGGUCGCUUCGAAGCUUGGGUAUGGUGAAAAAGCAGAAACAACAACCGGUGAAACACCAUCAACCCAGGUCAGUCAUACAGAGAAAAUAUCAUCAGCAACUUCUGCUACUGCUGAAAAAGUAGCCACUGCUAAAGACAUGGUCUCUUCGAAGCUUGGAUAUGGUGAAAAAGGGGAAACACAUACUGGUGAAACACCAUCAAACCAGGUCAGUUAUACAGAGAAAAUAUCAUCAGUAACAUCCGCUGCUGCUGAAAAAGUAGCCACUGCUAAAGACAUGGUUGCUUCGAAGCUUGGAUAUGGUGAAAAAGGAGAAACACAUACUGGUGAAACACCAUCAAACCAGGUCAGUUAUACAGAGAAAAUAUCAUCAGCAACAUCCGCUGCUGCUGAAAAAGUAGCCACUGCUAAAGACAUGGUCGCUUCGAAGCUUGGAUAUGGUGAAAAAGGAGAAACUGUUGAAACUCCAUCGAACCAGAACCAGAGCAGCUAUACAGAGAAAACCUCUUCUGCAACAUAUGCAAUAGCAGAUAAAGCUGCAUCAGCUAAAAACACAGUAGCCUCAAAGCUCGGCUUCGGCGAAACCGAGAGAGAUUCUUCUUCUGAAGUGUCACCUGCAGAAUAUGGAAACAAAAUUGCAGUCUCCUUGAUGGAGAAGUUAUCUCCAAUUUCUGGAAAACUUGAAAUUGGAAGCGGGGUAGAACAAGAUAAAGGGGUAUCCGUGAAAGACUAUGUAUCUGAAAAGCUAAGACCUGGUGAAGAAGAUCGAGCACUUUCUAAGAGAAUUUCUGAGAGUUUGUAUAAAAAAAGUGUAGAUGAUACCGUGAAAGAUCUUAAUGAUGAUGAUGAUAAAAGAGAAGGUAAGGAUGUGAGGAAAGUAGUAUCUGAUGCUCUUCAUAAGAGAGAUGCUGAUGUUAAUGAGGGUAGGAGAAAACCAGUUAGGGGAAAGGUGACUGAGAGUGAAGAGGUGAAGAAGAGGUUAGGAGGUUGGGAUGAAGAGAUAAGAGAAGGAGAGUUAGGGAAAGGUAUGGUUGAUAUGGUUAAGGAUACUGUUGAAUCUUGGUUUGGAAAACCAGGCGAGAAUGAAGCAACUCAAGGAAGUGGUGAAAGAAGACUUCAGGAAUCAGCUAAUUGA